CUGUUCCCGAUAUCAUUUCUUUUUAUUUUUUUAAUAAUUUUCAGUUUUCAUCACUUCACUUCCAUUUUCUUCUCUGCAUAACCUUACCUCUUUCACUGCAAAAUUCUGAUAGAACUCUUAGUUCACUCACUCUUCUCUUUUAUCUUCCCCAUCCCUCUGUAUCCUCCACUUACACUUAAAUACUUGUGUUUUUCUAACUCUAAAAAGUAGGUCAAAAACCAUGGAAAUUCACCACUUAAAAUCAUCCACUUCUGCAUCAGAAGAUCAGAUGGAGGCGAUGAUGAUGAUGGACAAACUCCCCGAUUUCUUCGCUACUUAUAACGAUGUUGCCCAUGAUUUAGAUCACUUUCCGGGUGCAACUAACAAUAAUAUUCAUACUCCACAUUUUAUCGAUUCCUCAAACACGCCGUCGUUUCUCUCUUUGCCGUCUCAUGUUUCUUAUCAUAAUAAUAACACGGCAGUUCAAGAAUUUGCAGGUGCGAAUGCUUAUUCUUCGGCUCCGCCGAAGAAGAACUCGAUGGCUGCAAUGAGAGAGAUGAUAUUCCGAAUUGCGGCGAUGCAACCGAUUCAUAUAGACCCGGAAUCAGUAAAGCCACCGAAGCGUAGAAAUGUAAAGAUUUCGAAAGAUCCGCAGAGUGUAGCUGCGAGACAUCGACGAGAGCGGAUAAGUGAAAGAAUACGAAUACUUCAAAGACUGGUUCCGGGUGGUACAAAAAUGGACACGGCUUCUAUGUUAGAUGAAGCAAUUCAUUACGUUAAGUUCUUGAAAACACAAGUGCAGUCGUUAGAGAGAGCUCAAGGUAAUCGGCCCUCGUCUACAUCGUCCACGUCAUCGUCGUCUUCAUCGGCUGGAAUUGGAUUCCCUGUUGCAAUGUCUAGCGGAAGUUAUUUUCAUCAUCAACAUCAUCAUCAUCAAAAUGUUCAACAUUAUGGUGAUGCUUGAUAAGAGAGUGUGUAUAAAAGGCAAUGGAGUUGCACUUGUUUAAUCCAAUUUACUCCAUAAAAUUCAGCGACUCUUUUCCAUUACGGGAUGCGAAGCUUGCAAUUGGAUCAUCGUAUUUACGAGCUUUUUUGGUGGUGUGGAAUUUUUUUUUUAUUGACGAGGACUUACUUUACUGAGCCGAAACUCAAUAUCAUUGUCAAAUUUCGGGAUGUGGACCGCCCGCAAGCCCACAUGUGGAAUUAUUAUUAGAAGGCCAAAGCUCUAUUUUUAGA